AUGAUUAAACUAGCCCUGCUUUUUGUGCUUUGUUCUGGAGCUUUGGCUCAAGUGCCUUCUCUGGGCAAGUGUCCAGACUUGAAAGUCUAUAUGGGAAAAUGGUACGAAGCCGGAAGAUACUUUGUUCUUGCUGAAUUGGGAGGAAAAUGUGGUACUGCCAAAUACUCUCUCAACGACGAUGGAACUAUAAAUGUUUUUAAAAAUCAAGUCAAUGCUUUUACUGGAAAAUCCAUGAGUAUUGAAGGAAUUGCGCAAUUGGCUAGUGAAUCUGGUGAAGGAAAACUGACCAUAUCAUUCCCUACACUACCAUCCAUCAUCGAAGGCUCUCUAUGGAUUCUAGAUACGGACUAUUCAAGUUAUGCUGUUGUCUUCUCAUGUCAAGAUUUUAAACUUUUUAACACAAAGCAAGCAUGGAUUUUGACCAGAGACCGCGUUCCUAGUGAAAAAGUUCUUCAGAAGGCAUACAAAACAUUUGACGCAAGUGGCUUUAGCAGAAGUUUCCUGAUUCUUACAGAACAAAAAAAGUGCCUUCACUAG